AUGUCGGUAAGAAAUCGUACGGCACCCGGUCCCGACAGAAUAAGACCAGAACACCUGAAGAGCCUUCCGCCAGUACUCAUCAACAUCCUGGCGAGGCUCUUUACACGUUAUUUGUCCGAAUGCAAGGUUCCUAAACAGUGGAAAACCAGCAAGACCGUGUUGUUGUAUAAAAAAGGAGAUCCACAUGACAUCGGCAACUAUCGUCCAAUCUGCCUACUGUCCGUCAUCUACAAGCUCUUUACAAGAGUGAUCCUUAAUAGGAUUGAAAAAGUCUUGGAUGAAGGACAGCCAUGCGAGCAAGCAGGGUUUCGAAAAGGAUUCAGCACGAUUGACCACAUUCACAUUGUUUCGAAACUCAUCGAGGUAUCACGAGAGUACAAAAUGCCGCUCUGUCUCACCUUCAUCGACUUGAAGAAGGCCUUCGACUCAGUUGAGAGGGAAGCGGUCGUGGAAGCCUUGGACAACCAAGGUGUUCCUUCUCAAUAG